AUGAAGGCCUUUCCCAGCGAUCUCGCAUCCCCACGUAGCGAUGACAAUGACAAUAUUAAAUCAGUUGUUAUCCGCAUUGAGAAACCAGUCGAGCCUACUCCCCAAUAUUUACUUUUAUAUAAGAGACUUGUAGCUGCUAUGAGGUCAGUGUUCACUUGUGCUACUACUACUACCAAUAAAGCCGUCACUGGUACUACUUGUAUACAGAAAGCUGUUGUUUAUCAUCCAGAGCUUAGUGAUGCGGCUGACUGUAACAAUGGUGUGAGGACAUCUAAAUAUACUAUAGUGUCAUUCAUACCUAAGAACCUCUGGUAUCAACUACACCUGUUCGCCAACGUGUAUUUCCUAUGUGCUGCUGGUUUACAGAUGAUCCCUGCUAUCAGUGACUCUGGUGGUCGGCCACUACUCUUGAUACCAUUACUCUUUGUUAUCACAGUAUCGGCAUUCCGUGAUGCAAUAGAAGAUAUGAAGAGGCAUAAUAACGACAAACACGAGAAUAAGAGGACAGUUCGAAGGCUUGUCGCGAAACGCCGUCAACGAUCUGAUGAUGGUACCAUCUAUGACCGAAGUAGCACCUCUCUUGUAGAUAGGGUACACUGGGAUGAGCUCAGAGUAGGGGAUGUGGUUAAGAUUGGUAUUGGAGAACAGUUCCCUGCUGAUCUAGUAUUGCUUACUUGUGAUGAUACUGGUGGUAUGAUAUUUGUAGAGACUAUGAAUCUCGAUGGUGAGACUAACCUCAAGCCUAAGAUAUGCAUACCAACACUUCAAAAUGCAUUCUAUGAGUCAUCCAAUACAGCCACCAUAGAGGAGAAUAUCAUUAUUGGCCUCCAUGGGGCUGAGCUGCACUACGAGACCCCUAACUCACAACUGUACAAAUUCCAAGGACAACUACUCCUCAACACCAUACCUGCCCUCGACCAUGAUACUACAGACUACGAGGAAAGCUCAUCGGAGCACGAUAGACGAGGGGGAUGUGGUCGGCAUGCAGUGAGAAGUCUCCCACUCAGUAUUGAUCAAUUACUAUUACGAGGGACAUCACUACAGUCGUGUAAUAGUGGUCACCAUUGCUACGGUGUAGUUGUGUAUCCUGGUAUGGAUACUAGGAUAUACCGUAACUCAAUGGAGACAGGUACGGGAAGGAAUAAGAUAAGCAAGCUCAUGCAGACCUACAACAGGCAUGUUAUCGUACUCUUUACCCUUCAAGCUAUGAUAUGCGUAAUAGCUGCCUUUACUCAUGGGUUUAUCUACGCUACCACCACCACAACCAAGGAUGACGUUGACGAUACUACUCCUAUUAUCAUGAUGGGCUCCUCAUUUCACUACUGGUAUCUCUAUGUAGGGCCUCAAUCAGUAGAUGCAGGAGAUGUGGUAUCUAGAGGCCUGCGUGUUGCUGGCUCCUUGCUACUCCAGUUUACUUAUUUCGUCCCCAUAUCACUACUGGUUACAUUGGAGAUAGUGAAGUACUUCCAAGGGAGGUUUGUAUCAGCAGAUAAUGCUAUGCAACAUAAUGGUCUAGCUGCGGCCUCUAACAGCUCUACUCUAGUAGAGGAACUGGGAUCGGUUACUCAUGUGUUCAGUGAUAAGACAGGGACUCUAACUGAUAAUCGGAUGAUAUUCAGGAGUGCUUACAUUAUGGGCAGUGGAGGGAUGGACUCCCAGCCACUUCCCCAAGUUACUGGUCAGUCAUCAUCAUCCAUAGCACCGGCACGACACGACGCGAGCGUCCACUUCGACGAUGAGACCAUCCUGAGGGUGGUAGCACAGGCUGAUGAUGAAGAAUACGACGCAUCCUCCCCUGAUGAGCUUGCUCUAGUGGCCGGUGCCAGAUAUCUUGGAUUAGAGUUCUCAGCCCGACCAACCCCUGAUACUAUUAGGAUCACAUUGACCACUCCCUUCGCAAGGGAGAUCCUUAACGUUCAAACUAGUGAAGAAGGGGCGAGCAUUGUAGACGUUGAACUGUUGGAGGUGAUAGAGUUUGAUAACGACCGGAAAAGGAUGAGCGUUCUUAUCAAGAUAACAGCUAUACCGGACUCCCAAGAGAAGGAAAGGGAUGACAACUGUGCCACAGAUAAGGUCUUGCUACUCAUCAAGGGUGCGGAUUCCAGCAUGAUGGAUAUAUGCUCAACUAGCAAGCUGGAUAGUGUCCUCAAUGAACUAUCCACAAGAGGUCUACGAACGCUAGUGUAUGGUGUCCGAGACCUCACCUCGGAUAAGCCUUUCGUGGAUCAUUGGCGUGCUUCCUAUAACCAUGCCCGAGGCCUUGUUGGUACAGCUAAGGAGGAAGCGUUAAGGAAGUGUAUAGAGGAAAUGGAGUGUGGUAUUCAUAUAGUAGGUUGUACUGGUAUAGAGGAUAAACUACAGGACAAUGUACCAGAGACUAUAGCAGAUCUACACCAAGCUGGUAUCAAGGUAUGGGUGCUCACUGGAGAUAAGAUAGAGACAGCCAUCAAUAUAGCGUACUUUAUAUGUAUCUCUGUUUUAAAGAGGAAGACUAAAACACAAUAG